UACAUGUUCUUCACCCGUGUCUUUUGUUUCCUUCUCCCACUUCUUUCUUUAUUAACCAUCUCUCAAACACUCACACCCAACCCCAUCGAUCCUUUCCUUCUCAUGUCCUUUUAGCUACACUAACCUUAAAUUUCUUGCACUUGUAAACCUUUGCAUAUUAAAAGCUGCAACAAACGAAUCAAAAAAGUGUCCAAGUCCAAGAUGAGUUCGAUUCCAACAACCACCUACGAAGAUUCUUCAGCAGUUAACAUUUCAGAAUUCCAACCUCAAUCUCACGCACCGAAGGAAAUUGAGUGGCACAUGCUCGACAAGUCAAAGUUCUUCUUCCUGGGAGCAGCCUUGUUCUCCUCUCUCUCCGCCGCCCUCUACCCCGCCGUGGUCUUGAAGACACGUCAGCAAGUUUCCUCCGCCAAAAUCUCGUGCCGCAACAUGUCACGCGCCAUCAUUCGCUACGAGGGUUUCCGAGGUUUCUACCGAGGUUUCGGCACUUCCUUAAUGGGAACAAUCCCCGCACGUGCGCUUUACAUGUCUGCGCUUGAAGUCACGAAGAGCAACGUCGGCACCGCCACCGCUCACUUGGGGUUUUCCGAUGCGUCGGCCGCUGCCAUCGCUAAUGCCGCCGGAGGCGUAGCUUCCGCCAUGGCGGCACAAUUGGUGUGGACCCCAGUUGAUGUCGUGAGCCAAAGACUCAUGGUUCAAGAAAGCAACAAAAUGUGUUACAGGAAUGGUUUUGAUGCAUUUAGGAAAAUUCUGGGUGUUGAAGGGCCAAGGGGGUUUUACAGAGGGUUUGGGGUUUCCAUAGUGACUUAUGCUCCCUCUAACGCAGUUUGGUGGGCUUCGUAUUCAAUGGUAAACAGGCUUAUUUGGGGCGUGUUUGGUGGUUGUGGUAAUUCAAAUUUUGGACGCGAUUCGAAGGUGAUGGUGGGUGUGCAAGGGUUGAGUGCAGUUAUGGCUAGUGGGGUUUCGACUAUUGUGACUAUGCCACUUGACACGAUCAAGACGAGGUUGCAAGUGUUGGAUGCAGAAGAGAUUAAUGGACGAAGGAGGCCAUUGACUCUUGUGCAAGCGGUUCAUAACUUGGUGAAGGAAGGGGGAAUCUUGGCUUGUUACAGAGGCUUGGGACCAAGGUGGGCUUCUAUGUCCAUGUCUGCGGCAACCAUGAUUACUACCUAUGAGUUCUUGAAACGCGUGUCUGCUAAGAAUCUGGAUAGAUUCAUUGUGUAGUAACUUUACCAGUAAAGGUUUUUAGGCUAAA